UUGUGCUCUCGAACUAUCGAAAUCGAUAAGUCACAGUAUUCUUUCGUCUGUGUCUUCGUUGUCGUGGUCUUUUCAAAUCCUUCCUUACCGUGUUGUCAGUUCCACUUUGAUCGUAUAGACCUUGCUUUUUACACACAUUGUGUCCAAGGAUCCAAAAAGUAUCGAUUUUGCCUGACGUGACCUUUCCGCAGGACCAGAGCUAACAAGGCUCAUGCACCCCUCCCCGUUGGUUGGUUGGUUGGUUGGUUGGUUGGUUGGAUGGUUCGUGAAUAGAUUUGAUUGAUCCAACCCCAAGACAGGAAAAGGAAAGAAGAAACGGAACAGAGGAACGAAGGCUCAGGCUGUAUCGGAAAAGAAAUCACGUUAACAGAGAGUGACUGGCUUUGCCAGCAGAAACCAGAAACUCGUUUGUCGGACAUCGAUGGAACGAUCCAUCGAGGUAACGAAGGAGUGAACGAACGAGCGAACGGUCGGACACUCCGAGGGACAAUGUUUUGAUUUCAGAUCGGUCUUGAACACGACCGAUCCUCCUCAGUUGGCAUACUUUCGAUUGAAGAGGCCUACUAAAGUACACGGUUCUGGAAGAGCAUGUGGCCCAUUUCACCAGCUGGCCAAGUUUGUUCUUCGGAAGAUGGUGCUGUACAGUUUGGUGUCAUCUCAGCCCAAGCAAUGAUCAUACGUGAGGAGUGAAGAAGCAUGAACAAUCAAUCGGACUUGUCCAAUUGAACAAGCAGUCAACUAGUAAGCAGUGCUACGUACAAAGGGGGACACAUACGCUCACAUUCUUCCGAUAGUUCAAUCUGCUCGAGUGAUUAGAUAAUCAUUCUUGAAUGACUCCUGUGUUCGAUCUGACCGCAGCAGUGCGAUUCAAGUCCCAAGUGAUAAAGAGAAAAGUAAGAUAAGCGGGUCCUGGCUGCCCUGCUAUUGGAUCGGAGCUCUGCAUACACUUCAUUUCAGGUCAGAGUGUCGAGGCUCAAAGGGGGUACAACAUGAACUCGUCCAAACGGUUGGCGUCCAUCAGUGACGUUCGCUCCGAUGUGUACGCCAAUCCUUUCAUGGCAUUCGGACACAUGACAGAGGUGGUUCAAGAAACCAUUGAAAACCGAAUCAUUCUCCGGAGUGCUCAUGCCAAAUCCUCUCCCAGCCAAACCUCCUUGAGUCCCGCACCCUCGCCCAAGCGAGUUGUCCGUUCGCCGAACCGAUCGAAACGCCACGAACACUUCGAAAGGACACCGUGGUACUUGAGGGUGGGAGGAUUCGUGUCCUACUUUGUCCUGUUCUGUCUAGGAUUAAUUCGAGAGGCCAUUUGGGGCCACGGUCCCAUUGGCAAGGAUCACACUAUCAAGGAAACCAACCGAAAGGGAUAUGUGCCCCUGUACGCAAGUUUCGAGAGCUUCUACUUACGGAAUAUCUUUCGUCGUCAAGCAGACUGCUUCAAUCGGCCUAUAGUGUCAGUUCCAGGUGGGAAAACCAUGGUCACCAAUCGAGUCACUCAAGACCACGGCUGGACUUUCAAAAUGGCCGACACGGAGCGCAAAGAAGUGAUCAAUCUGGCCAGUUACAACUAUUUGGGCUACGCAGAGAACUCUGGGCCUUGCACGGAAGCUGCCAUUGAGGCCAUUCACAAACGCGGCUUGGGCUCCACGAGUCCACGGUCCGAAUUGGGCACGUCAGUUCAGCACCGCAAACUGGAGCAGACCGUGGCCAAGUUCCUCGGAGCCGAAGACUCCAUUUGUCUUGGUAUGGGCUUUGCCACCAACUCGUUGAACCUUCCCUGUUUGGCCGGAAAAGGCACCCUCGUGGUGAGUGACGAGCGCAACCACGCCUCGCUCAUUUUGGGCCUGCGCCUCUCCGGAGCCACGGUCAAGGUGUUCAAGCAUAACAAUAUGGAGAGCCUCGAGAGGCUGAUUCGACGAGGAAUCAUUGAAGGCCAGCCUCGAACGUGUCGGCCUUACAAACGAGUCAUUAUUGCAGUGGAAGGGAUUUACUCCAUGGAGGGGUCCAUUGUUCGAUUGCCGGAGGUGGUAGCCAUCAAGAGGAAAUAUGGGGCCUACAUCUACUUGGAUGAAGCACAUUCGGUGGGCGCCAUGGGUCCUAAUGGCCGUGGUGUUCUCGACUAUUUUGGCAUCAACCCCAAAGACAUUGAUGUUCUCAUGGGCACGUUCACAAAAAGCUUCGGCUCGGCCGGUGGGUAUAUAGCUGGAUCCAAGAGCCUGAUCAACCAUCUCCGGGUGAAUUCCCAAUGUAGUCACUACCCGAUUUCCAUGUCUGCGCCCGUUAUGAGUCAGAUCAUUGCGUCCAUGAAUGACAUCAUGGAUAAAGAGAAGGGCGACGGGAUGAGGCGCAUCAACCAGUUAGCCCGGAACUCGCGGUACUUUCGCCAGAAGCUGCAGCAAAUGGGGUGCAUAGUCUACGGGCAUGACGACAGCCCCGUGGUCCCUGUGAUGUUGUUCAUGCAAGCCAAAAUUACGGCCUUGGUCCACGGGCUGUACGAUCGCAAUAUUGCCACCAUUGGCGUGGGCUACCCUGCCACGGAAAUCGCAGCUGAACGGACCCGAUUCUGCGUCUCGGCUAGUCAUACCCAGGAGAUGUUGGACGAGUGUCUCCAGGCCUUGGAAGAGGUGGCCGGGGAAAUCCACAUCAAAUACUCCCGCAAGAAGCGCUAUAAUAAUGCUGACAUUGUGUACUGAGUCAUGAUGCCCGCGCCUUGUUUUUUCCCUCUAGGCUGAGAGGGAGGAACAAGAAACACCAACGAACGAAAGACUAGAGACUAGAUAGAGGAGAGGUAGAAGUGCGAGCAUGCAUGCAUGCAUGCAUGCAUGCAUGCAUGCAAAGAACGGGACCAAGCGCGAUUGUCUGACGUGUGAUGUGAUAUUAUUAUGACUAUCAUUAAUAUGACCUUUUUUAAUUCCCAUUUUUACGCCAUCAUCAUCAUCAUGAAAAUUGUUAAUAUGAAUGCUCUCAAUGUGCAUAGGGGAUACUUGGGGAGCACGAUAUGGCUACCCAGCCAGGCCUUGGAAUGAGUAAAUAAAACGACAUCAACGACA